CAUCUUACCGUUGGUCGGAACCGCUUAGUGGACAUUCUAUCGCCCUCGAGCAGGAUGUUCAAGCUCGUAACGCUAGUGGCCUUGGCGGUGGCCACCGCCUCGGUUCACGCCGAUCCGGCUCGUCCGAUCAUCAACACCACUGGAGGACAAAUCCAGGGUGCGACCUCGAGCUGUGGACUGUUUUGCAGCUACUUCUCGUUCAUGGGAAUUCCGUAUGCGGAACCUCCGGUAGGCGAGCUGCGAUUCCGCAAUCCGGUGCCGCACCGUGGAUGGUCCGGAAUUAAGGAUGGUAGCGAACAUCGUGCUUCGUGUCCGUCCGGGUCGAUGCGUGGAGAUGGUUACAGUGGAGACGAGGACUGUCUUUUCUUAAACGUGUACACGCAGCAGAUCGUUGGUAGCCGACCGGUUAUGGUCUGGAUCCACGGGGGAUCGUUUUCGGGAGGUUCGGGUGAUUCGUGGAUCUAUGGUCCGGAUUUCCUCGUGCAGGAAAACGUUGUCAUUGUGACCAUCAACUACCGUUUGGGUCUGCUUGGGUUCUUCAGCACUGGAGAUAGCCAUGCCCAGGGUAACUGGGGUAUGAAGGAUUGUGUGGAGGCUCUGCGUUGGGUACGUAACAACAUCGCGGCCUUUGGUGGUGAUCCGAACAAUGUGACGAUCUUCGGUGAAAGUGCUGGAGCCGCCGCUGUGCACUACCUGGUUUUGUCUCACAAGGCUACCGGGUUGUUCCACAAGGCUAUUGCGCAGUCUGGGACCACGUUGAGUCCGUGGGCCUUCCAGUAUAAUCCGCGGGAGCUCAGCCAACGCGCUGCCAAUAUUCUUGGCUAUCCAACGAACGAUAACGCUGAACUGGUGCGUCGUAUGCGGUACACUCCAAAGGGUGAUUUUGUAAGGCUGCAGCAAGGAUGGACAGAUAUUCCGAUCCCUCGCGGGUUCAAACCGUUCGAGUUUGUGCCAACUGCUGAACCGGCCAACUCCCCGAAGACCUUCCUUGAGGAGCGCCCGAUCGACCUCCUUUCCACUGGAAGAUUCAACAAGGUACCGUUUAUCAUUGGUUACAACGAUGCCGAAUCAUUGUUCAUGAUCCAUGAGCAUCGCAUUGAUUCUACCGUUUGGAAUGAGUUCACCAGAAAUCCGGACUUCUUCGUACCGCACUACUGGAACAUCCCACGGAACACCCCAGCGGCUACCGCUGUAAGCCAAGCAUUCCGUAACCUGUACUGGCAGGAUCGUCCCUUGGGAGAUCCCAUCAUGCUGGAAUGGACCAAAUACCACACGGAUCAGCAGUUCACUUACGCUUGUGACAAGGCCACUCGUCUGACGGCUCAACACAAUACCGCACCCACGUACUACUACCAUUUCACCUUCGACGGAGACCUCAACCUGCCGAAGCGUGCCGUUCUGCUGGGCUCCUGGCCUGGUGCGAUGCAUGCCGAUGAGCUGCCGUACAUGUUUUCGAUGACCAACUUCCCGAUCAGUCCGAUCCUGCCAGGCAACCCCGCUCUCGCCGUACGAAGCCGCAUGGUCCGUAUGUGGACGAACUUUGCCAUCACCGGCAAUCCUACCCCAUCUUCGGACAAUGCCCUGCAGAACGUGAUCUGGCCGACUUUCAACACCCAGAGCAUGCAGUACCUGGACAUCGGACAGAACUUGGUCGUCGGAAGCCGACCAAACAGUGCCCGCUUGGAUACCUGGUACGACCUGGAGCAGCGGUACGCCAACGACCCGUUCCGUUAUCCGUGGCAGUAAACUGCUUAUCGCAUCACCACCUAUUGUUAACCACCUAGAUUAAGUUGUUAUUUUGUCUGUAAUGCACGCUUUCUCAGAUUUAUAA